UCGCGCAGGCAAGUGACAUAGAGGAAGAAGCUGGAAGAAAACCAAGUGCGAAAGCGCGGCCAAAGAAAGAAAGCCGUCCCUGGCCAUCAGAAGAAAAAAAAACAACAACACCCACGUUUCCUCUCGUUUGGUUGAUGCGGGGGACGGUGAGGGAAGCCGGUACGGCGGCGACGAUAAGUUGAUCGAGCGAUCAAGUGGUUCCUUUCUUCGCUCUUUUUCUCUCCAUCGUUACCACCGUACACACGCUCUUUCGCACGCUCUUUCUCUUGUGCUUGUAUCGUUAGAUACGGGCUCUCUCUUUCUCUCUCCCUCAAGGUGGCAACGAUGGAUGGUGGUAUCCAAUUUUCCACCAGCCCCCACCCAAUCGUGGUGAGUGAAAACAAACACUCCUGAAGCGUACACAACAUGCGAAACACUCGAGCCGAUAGAGAAAGGCGGAAGCGGGCAGAAGCGAGGAAACGCUGCAACUCCAAAGGAAAGCAGCCGGCUCUUUCUCACUCUCUCCCACUCUCUCUCUGGCACGCUCGCAAUUGCUGGCCCGACUGUUAGCGGGGUGAAAAUGGCAUUAGUUCUCGUUGCCGUGCGGUGUGGUGCAGUUCGAAUGUUCAACGGAAUAACGCUCGCGCCCGCACGCUCGGAUUAGAAACAAACCGAGACAAGCCACGGACGGACUUGCAGGAGUUUGAAGGAGCUUCCGUGUGAACAGAAGGACAAAAGUCCCGAAAAACAAAACAAACAAACCGUCCCAAAAUGGAACCCCGCUGGAGCGCCUUGGGCUGUUGUCUGCUGAUCAUGUGCUGGAUGGCAGUUCGGCCGGCGAGCGUUGCAGCAUUCCCGCGCACUGGUUUCGAAGAGUUUCGGUGUAUGCGAUCCAGCCCGUCGCUCAACAAAUGCAUGGAGGGUGCGAUCCAGCACUACAUCAGCCACAUGUACAGCGGUACGAUCAGCGAGCGUACGACAGUGUCGUCGCUCGAUCCGCUCGUCCUGCCCGACGCGACGCUGAUCGAAAGCGAUGAGGUCGUGUCGACGUUUACCCACCGCCAGACGACCGGCUUCCGGAACAUGUACAUCACGGACGUACGAUCGGACAUAAGCCGGUUGGAGUUUUACUUCAAGUUUCACAUCGCAGCGAUCGACACGCGCGGCUCGUACCACGCGCGGCUACAAGCACGACCCGAAAUUGCCGAAUGGUCCCAAAUGACCUACUCGAUACGAAACUCCUCGAUUCAGCUUCAGCUGAAAGGCUUCAACUACGAGCAGGACGAUCGCGUCUACCUGAAGGUGAACGUUACCGACUGGAGCCAACAGAUCGGCGAUCAUACGGUCGGCUUUCGGUGGUUCACGAUGAGUGGCAACUACAGCCAGUUUAGCGAUCGGUUCGAGCAGAUCCGGGGGCGCGACAUCCUGCCGGUGGUGGAGCGCGAUCUGGUGCAGAGUGUGCGGGAUCGGUUUCAGCGGCUGCUGAACGAGAUCCUCCGGUUGGCACCGUUCGAGCGGUUCUUCCCGACGCGCUGACGGGGAAAUGGUAGUAUCGACAGAAUGUUUUGUAUAUAUGCUUAGGAGGAUACCUUUAUGCUCCCCCACUAGUCCGAGGGUUAACGAUUGGGGAGCCGUUUUUUUCUUUGUUUGUUUUACGAAUAAAUUAAAUUUGAACUGUAGGAAAGCGAA